AUGGCACCAACAACGGCCUCCCUCCUACCAACCUUACCCCGCGUCUUCUUCCUAUACCUCGAACCAAUCUUCAUCUCCUAUGGAAUGUUCAUGAAUUUCUCCCAAUCCACCCACCUCUUCAAAUUCCUUGAUACCACCAACAUCUCCCCCAACUUGCCCAUUCUGCCCCUCCCUACGUUAAUCCUCCCCGCUCAAUCGGCAUCUUACCUUCUAAACAUGAUGUUGUAUGGUUUGAUCAUCCUCCUCGCGACUCCACCGAGUAAGAAAUUGCUACAGGCGCAUAUCGCUAUCCUGAUCAUAGCCGACUUGACGCACUGGGUGGGACUGUUUCACGCGAUAGCGCAGACGGAUCCUAAUAGGAGGGGAUGGGCCGCUGUCUUGGAUACAGAGGGGUGGACGCCGGAAGUCUGGAAUCUAGCUCUUUAUCCUGUGGGGACUUUGGCGGUUAAGGGGGCGACGCUGAUGGGGUGGUUUGGUGAGAUUGCGGAAUAG